AUGACUGACACUUCAGAGUCGCCUCGCCGGCGGCUCCUCAGUACCCAGACUGCUUCUAGUCUACAAUAUCCAACCCUUCCACCGCUGACAGCUUCCGUCGAGGAGUGGUUAUCCCGUUCACGACCGACCAAUAUGACGUCAGAUCAACUUUCCGACCAUGCACCAAAGACCUUGAGUGACAGCUGGGCUACCCUGAGCGUGUCUGAUAUACGCUCAGAGGAUGGCAGUCACUCCGGACAGACCGAUACAUGCUCGCUGAUCGACCACACCAACGCCGACGACGUUGCCAGCCUCGAUGAAAACUACAGCAGCGAUGCCGAGGCACAAGACGAGGGCAAUGAAGAGGACGAUGGUAUAGAUGGGGAUGAAGUGCAAUGCACUGAAUCAGCUUCUCAAGAGCUGCCUGCAAUGUUUGCUGCCAGAGGAGCCGCGAUCGAUGACAGCACCACUACCACCAAGCCCUCUUUCCCCCAUCCCAGUGAUUCGAUCGAGUUUGUGGAGCCCGAGAAAUGGCCCGAGAUCGAAAGGGUGGAACUCAAGCAUACUAUCCGUAUCUUUGAAGGUGCUGCGGCUUCAGAGCUGAAGAGUCGUUUGCCAUAUAAUUCAACCGACUCCAUCCUGAUGGCCACUCUUCAGCAGACCAUGACGAAGCAGAGCCUGGACCUCACCAAACCUUUCCGCGUGCUCUACGUCGGACAUCCAGAGUUCCGGAACAUCAUUCUCGACAAGAUCGGCGAUGUUCUGGUGUCAAGCUCAUGUGCUGAUUCGGAGACUAGCUCGGCUGAAUCUUCCCGAUAUCAUGUCGUUCCGACCUCAUUUGGCGCCGGGGCCGUUCCCAACUUUGCAGAGCUUCUGCCAAUACAUGUCCAGCUUGUGGUUGACGAAUGUCUGGAGGCCACGGCUGAUCCUCACGCCGACCGGCCCAACGCAAUCAAGCUGCAUUUCAAGAAUCGUCCUGUGUGCACUUCAGCCUGGAACGGAUCUUGCUACCAGGUUACGUCUGCAGCAGAUUGGACUCUCCCAGACGUAGCAAUUAUAUUUAUCUCUGCGGGUAAUAACGCAGCAGCUGUCAAGACCCAGCGUCUCACACACGCCUUCCUGGAACGCCACGGGGUCCCGGCAAUGGUUAUCUCUGAGGAGCCACUAUGGAGGAUGGCUGGCGAGAUGGUCCCUCUCAAUCAUAAUAGCCUGCAUACAUGCUUGGAGUCCCGCCAUCCAAUUUCCGGGGAAACUGCUGUCCUUCGGCGGUAUCCCAUUGAUUUGAAUACUUUCGAGAGCAUUACGCCCGGCCAGUUGAAUCGGAACCUGGCUUUGCUCGUCGGGUUGUACCCAAAGAAGUCUCUCAAAGUCACCGCCGAGGCUCCCAAGCCUAUCCAAGGGAACAUCUUUGCGGAUAUGGAUUUGGAAAAGUAUCCAGUGAACUGGCUCCCGCCUUCCUAUGCCACUCGGUUCCGAGAACUGGCCCCGACACUGCGUACGGCCACAUUGAGCCUCGUCAUGGUGAUGGCCAUGUUCAUUGGGUUCUCCGCUCUUAAGGUUCUCUCCAUGUUCCUAGUACAGUACUUUGCUGGAUCAGCUCUCUCCAAUGCAUCCUUAAUGGUACCGCAGGUCUCUCCCACCUCCGGCCUGACUGUGGAUCGAGUGAUACAGACCUCGGUUUCGACACAGCCAUCAUCCUCCUCAGUCCGACUGCCGCACGUACCCUCUUUGGGAGAUUUGAUUCCUGGGGAGGCUCCGUUGCAAACUAUUUCGACUGCGAAAUGCCCAGGGAAGAACCACCAAUUCGAGGUUCAGGUUAUUGGAGACUGCCACGUUAUCAUUAAGCCUCCUAAGUUUGCAUCAUCAAAGAAACAGCCACAGUUCGAUGUGAGCGUUUCCAGAGAUAAUACCGAGCUCCCCUAUGAGCUUUCUCAGCUGUUCGAUGGUGUCUACACAUUAAAGCUGAACCGCGAGGAUGCUUACGGGUUGGUCGACUUGACAAUCACAACCUUGUCAAAACGCCCAGUGAGCGGGACCAUAACUGUUGACUUCGGAACACCGUGGCUGAAGAUUGCCAACUGGAAACGUGCAGCACAGGGCAUCACCGCGCAAUUUACCAAGGACCUCCACAUCGCCCAGACUGGCCUGACUGAGGCGUAUGGCCGCUUAUCCACCGACCUACAGGUGAUCGUGGGAGAUGUGGUGAAGAAAGCUCACUUCCUGCGCCGCGAUGCUGAAGGCUUGAAAUUGAAUCCACGUGACGUCGUUUUGUCAAGAUCGAAGCAGAUUUCAGAAGUCUUCACUCGCAACACCAUUCAACGAUUCCGAUCUGUGUCUUCGGUGCUGCAAACACGGUCUAGUCGUGUGAAUGAGGAGGCCAAGGGACUGCUUCACGAUGCGUGGAGCCGCCUUGAGAAGUCUGCAGCAAAGCUUGAUCUUCGCAGCAUGAUGGAUCGAGUCCGCAAUGCCAGGAAAUGCGAAGCUCUCGAUCGUGCUCAGUCGCGUGCGCGACAUAUUAUAGGCCUCCGAUGA